AUGACACAGGACCGUCUACGACAGUGGAAAUUUCACCAGAGGACGGUCAGCCUCGAGGGCAAAUAUUCAGGGAGAACAGUCAAGAGGCUCAACAGUCUGGCCUGGAACAACCCGGUUGAAAUCAUGGAGCAUGAAACGGAACACUUUGCCAUCACAGUUGAUGCUGACCCUAGUCUGCCGUCGUUGCCGCCGGAGCUUGUUUCAAUCAUCUGGGGAUUCUGUCAGCUGCGCCCUCCUCGGCACUAUACCGCCGUCUUGGACCUCCGUCGAGGAUUGGUGUCAUCUCAGCGGACUCUCUCGCAUCGAAAGAGUGAGCGAAAGGCCAUCUGUGUCGCCGUCGAGCGGCAGCCUUCGUGCGAGGGAAAGGCAUUCAUCGUCGAGGAAGCCGACCGCUUCUCCGGCGUGCUUGUGGAGUUCAAAGUCCACGACUGCACGGGCUUCCCCAUGUUCAUGUCGUGCGGCUCAACGUUUGCCGUGCAUGCUCAUACGAACAAUCGACCUUGCGCCCAGAGCACCUUUGAGACGCUGCCACCAUGUCGAACGACGAUCGAGGAGUGCCGCGAGGCUGCAAAGUCUCCUCGUAAGAUGCUAUUCCAUCCGUUCCUCGAAUUCUCUAAUAGUCUGCAGAUUGGCUUCGAGGCGGCUGAAGACAUUUUGAUCGGCAGCCGCGAAAAGUCCUUCUCCAUCAUCCAGGAGCCUGCGAUGCUAGUGUUUGACAAGCCAGACAGUCUGCCCAUCUCAUUCGUUGGCGCGUACUCCGACAACGAAGACUUUGUACUGCAGAACGUCUACGUUGCAUUUGAUUCGCUCCCGUCGACAAUGAUGAAACCUGCUUUCUCAUCGGCCUCGCUGGAGGGCGCCACGAAAAGUGUUGCUGUUUUACAUACCGGGAACGGUGACCUGCCGGGGACUGAUCAUACACUACAAGAGUGGACGGCAGAGCGCCCUCGGACAAUGCAGACCGGGAAUUGA